CCCCGCCCGCUUCUGCUCCGCGAGGUGAUUCACUCCCUCCUUUGCCCCGGAGCCCCCUUCCCUGCCAGACGGCGGGCAAGAAGCUUGGGAGUGCAGCGUCCUCGUACCCGUGAGCGAGCGGCCAAGCAGAUCCUCCGCGCCCCUAGGGACUCCGGCCCGCACCAUGGCGGAUUCCGAGCGCCUCUCGGCCCCCGGUUGCUGGGUCGCUUGCACCAACUUCGCGAAAGCCCGAAAGGGAAUUCUCCUGUUGGCUGAGAUUAUACUGUGCCUGGUGAUUCUGAUCUGCUUCAGUGCCUCAACACCAGCAUACUCCUCCCUAUCGGUGGUUGAGAUGAUCCUUGCUGUUGUCUUCUUUGUCAUCUACAUGUGUGGCCUGCACACCAAUAUACAGAUCAUCAACUGGCCUUGGAGUGAUUUCUUACGAACCCUCAUAGCGGCCAUCCUCUACCUGAUCACCUCCAUUGUUGUCCUUGUUGAGAAAGGAAACCACUCCAGAAUCACUGCAGGGGUUCUGGGCCUAAUUGCUACCUGCCUCUUUGGCUAUGAUGCCUACAUCACGUUCCCCUUGAGGCAGCAAAGACAUACAGCAGCCCCUACUGAUCCUGCAGAUGGCCCAGUGUAGGUGAACUCUCUUCAUUUCUCUCUGCAACCUGCAAGAAACACCUCCUUUGAAAUAACUUUUCCCUGCCCCCAACACACUCCCAGCCCCUUAUUAAGGUAAAAGUGCCUUUAUUGGGAGCAUUUGUGUUCCAGCCUGCCAAUCAACCUUCCUGUGUGUGGUCACCUUUAUGGGUGUGCCUGGGUCCCCCUUUCUUCUAGUGUCCAAAGGGAGACACUAGUUCUGCCUGCACUAUGCCCCCACCUAAGCCACAAAAUGAGGGAGGAGAGCACCUCAGAUUUCAGACUCCAGGCCCCAGGUUGUGACCUAUUCCAAAUAACCUCAGUGUGUGGGAUGGUUCUGUGGGGGGGAUAAAUAAUAAUAAACAGAUCGUUAGCACA